AUGUCCUCUGCAGCCGAGGAGUCCCCGGCUCAGCGAGCUGCUCGCCUGCGCCGUGAGCGUCGCGAAGCCAAGAUCAAGGAAGGAGGUGCAGCUCGUCUCGAGAAGAUCACCAACUUGAGUGGACGGCCCCCAGCCAGCGUCCAUGAGGUCCCCUCACCAUCGCCCAGCCCGCAACCCGAAUUCCUAUCACAACACACAGCACCGCCGCCACCAGCGCCAGUCUUUCCGACCACAGCUCCAACCCCGGCCCAAUCCCAAACCAACCCUCCCACCUUCCCCGACCACUCCCAGGCGGAACCCGAACUCGACCCCGAGACCCUCCAAGCCCAACAAGAACUCUUCCGUGCUCUGCUCCGCCAACCGGCGCCCUCGCCCAACCCACAACAGCAACUCCGCGGGCCCGGCGGCGCUGCCGCCCCCAACCCAGCCGGCGACCUGCUCGGCCUCGACGCGCAAGACCCGACGCUCAAGCUGCUCAACUCCCUCAUGGCCUCCAGCUCCGGCGGCGGCGGCAGCGGCAACCCGCUCGAGAACAUCAACCUGGCGGACCUCGGCCUCGGCGACGGCAAGGAGUCGUCCACCGACCUGCUCACCAACCUGGGCCUGCCGCCGUUCCUGGCCAACCUCAUCGGCAACGCCAUGCGCAAGAAGACGGACGCGGAGAAGCGCGAGAUCAUGGUCUGGAAGGUGGUUCAUCUGGUGUUCGCCGCCGUCGCGGGGCUGUACCUGCUCUUCGUGCUGGGGUCGGCCGUGAGCGUGUACGGGCGGGCGCCGCCGGCGCCGGCGACGGCCCGGGAUCCGUUCACGGUGUUCAUGACGGGGGAGGUGGUGUUGACAGGGGCGCGGGCGCUGUUGCGGUCGCGGGAGCAGGGGGGCGGGGUCGGGUUGGGGAUGGGGGUGCAGCUGACCGGUCUUGCGAGUGGCUACUCCCACUACUACCUUCUUACCGAUGAGAGUCCUGGGCAGUGGACAGUGGACAACGGAUGGUGGAUAGGCACUCAACAACGGCAGGAGAUACUCCCCACACACAAACCCACUCCUCCCGCCCCGCCCACGGGGAUAUCCAGCCAGCUCCGUCAAUUGGAACUGGAACACACAUUGGCUACGGGCCUCCGAGCACACACACCCUCACAACCUCCAACCCCGCCCUCAGGCCUUGAAUCAGAUCCGACCGCCCACCAACCGAAAGCAACCCGGCCGGUGGCCGGUGGGGUGCCCAAGCCUCGAGCGCAGUGCAGUGCCUUUCACACUUCAGCCGUAGCCACCGGACUAGACAACCUACCCAGCCGGUCGCGGAUUCGCGAGGAGGGGGCGUAUCAAGAUGAUCUACUAUGCACGCUGGAUAUAGACCGGGACUUGGCUGAAGCAGGCGGGUCCUUUCUCAGGACGGUCGUCAGCGGGCAACGGGCCUUUCGUUGA